AUGGCUACUCCCGUGAUUGCGAAGACCGAGGCUGCGCCUGCUUGGAAGAAAAACCUCUCCGCUCACCUUCUCUGCCCUGAAUGCAAGGAGGAUCCUCCCAACUUGGAAUUCCCCGACUCCCAUGAGACUGUCUGCGGUUCUUGUGGUCUUGUACUUGCGGACCGUGAGAUCGACGUGCAUUCCGAAUGGCGUACCUUCUCCAACGAUGAUCAAAACAACGAUGAUCCCUCCCGUGUCGGAGAUGCCUCGAACCCUUUACUCAACGGAGCGCAGCUGGAGACAUCCAUCGCAAGUGGAGGAUCAGGCCGCGCUCGCGACCUGUACCGCGCCCAGAACAAGCAGUCGGGCGAGAAGGCAAACAAGCAACUCCUGGCAGCUUACAAGGAAAUCGGUGCUCUGUGCGACGGUUUCAACAUCCAGAAGACUGUUGCUGAUACUGCCAAGUAUCUCUUUAAGAUGGUAGAUGACGCCAAGGCCUUCAAAGGCAAGUCUCAGGAAGUCAUUAUUGCCGGAUGCAUCUUCAUCGCCUGCCGCCAGUGCAAGGUCCCCCGUACAUUUACCGAAAUCUUUGCCGUGACCAAGGUUACCCGCAAAGAAAUUGGUCGAAUCUAUAAGGCCUUGGAGAAGUUCUUCACCACUCAGAACGUUGAGCGGUAUCAGGCCGCUUUGUCGAGCGGCGAGACUCACAACGCUGCUGGCGACUACAACGCUACUACUUCCACCAAGCCCAGCGACCUGUGCAACCGUUUCUGCAACCUUCUUGAUCUCCCUUACCAGGUCACCAGUGUCUCCGUUUCGCUUUCGGAUCGCGUCACUGCCAUGGGCGACUUGGCCGGACGAUCUCCCCUGUCCAUCGUGGCAGCCUGUAUUUACAUGGCAUCAUUCCUCAUGGGCCACGGCAAGUCCGCCAAGGAGAUUUCCCAAGUUGCACACGUCAGCGAUGGAACCAUCCGCGGUGCCUACAAGCAACUGUACGCGGAGCGUGAGCGUCUGGUCGAUCCCGAAUGGAUCAAGGGCGGAAAGGGCGAUAUGGCCAAGCUGCCAGUCAGCUAA